AUGCGCUUUAGCCGUUUUCAAUUCACGUGUAUUUACACGGGCGUCGUAGAUGAAAAAAGGGAGGGUUUGUGUUUGACACUAAAACCUUUGUGGGCUUUUUUUUUUUGCUCGAUUUUCUCUCAUGCAUUGGAUAAUAAUGUGGUUAUAUCACAGCAUACGGAAAGACACGUUAUUAUAAAAAAAAAAAAAAAUAGAAAGGAAGCAAAAAAAUUGACCACCUCAUUCUGUGUUUUUUGCCAUGGCGGAAACGGUUCCCUUGUCCUUUCUACUUGCUUCUCUUACAAUAUGGAAGAUACUUUGAGGGGCAGUGCCAGUAGUGUGAGCAUAUCAUUCAGCAGUGAAACUACUGAUGACCACCCAUCUACAAGUGGGUGCAGUAGCAUGCAUGUUACUGGCCACGAAUUUAGGAAACUCAAGAAAGAAAAAGUAAAAGCUUACAUCCAACAAAUAAAAUCUAUGGUACCUCCGUCCAAGGAGCGUGGGAAAAAGACUGGCACAUUAAAAGCAUUACAGCAUGUCAUUGAUAAACUGAAGAAUUUGAAAGAUAACAAAGAUGAAUCCAAAUUCAAUUCAUUUGAUGACAGUGCAACUGGAAGUGUCAGUCAGUACAGUGGCAGCAGUAUUGCUCGGAGUACAGAAAUACAAAGCAAGCCACAAAAAGAAACCUUCAUGGUUGCAGUUACACUGGACUGCCGAGUGGAAUCUGUUGAUUCUUCCUUGCUCCAAUAUCUUGGCUAUCCUAAAGACAGUUGGCAUGGGCAUCUGCUGACAAGUUUCACAUCACGAAAGGACAUUAUAACUGUGAACAAUAUGCUGUCAAAAAAUGAGAGUGUCUUCAAGAGAUUUACAGAUCCUGGAGGAACAGUAAGCCAAAAAGAAAAAGUUAUUUAUUUCCGACUUAGGUACUAUAAACAUUUGAAUGAAGGCUAUGGCCUGAAACGUCCAGAUAAGUUUUGCGCAUUUCAAGCAUCUGUCACUACACAAGUCCUAGAUGCACCUACAACUGAAAAGGAAAGAGUUGAUGUAUCUGGCAUGAAGAAAACUAAGCAUUUCAUCUUAAAAUGUGUUCCACUUCAUUCAGCUUACAUUGUAGGUUCAAUGCCCAAGAACUUUUCUUUUUCAACAACACAUACGCUUUACUGCAACCUAAAUUACAUCAGUAACAGUGCUAUCACACUGCUGGGUUUCCUGCCACAGGAUUUGACUGGGCUUUCUGUGUUUGAGUUGUACCACCCAGAUGACUUGCCUUAUCUAUACACUGUUUAUCAGCGAAUUGUCUCUUCAAAGGGUAAGGCUUUUAAGAGUGAGCCAUACAGAAUGCGCACACGGAAUCAAAACUGGGUAUAUGUUGAGACUGAAUGGUCUGGCUCAGUCAAUCAAUGGUCCAAAUGGUUUGAACAUAUCAGUGGGCAACAUACAGUGGUCAGAGUGCCAGAAAAUCCCAAUGUCUUUGAUGAGGAGAAUAGCAAAGCGUACCCAAUUUUGACAGAAGAAACUCAACUGCAACAACAGAAACUUCAGAGAAGGAUUCAAGAUCUCUUAUUACAACAGACAACAAGUGAUGAUUCUGCUAUUAUCACUCUGCCAUCAAAACCAUCCACUUCCUUCGAUGCUGCAACUACUGCUGUGACCUCGGCUAAAGAAACAGACAAUACAGCCGACCUAGAAAAAAAUAAGCCAGAGAGUAAAUCAAAAGAAGCACUUAUGACUGCUGGCAGUUUUGUUGAAGAAGUAAUUCGUUAUCAGAAUGAUGGCAAUGUUAGCCCUGCAGUAUCUCAUUCCAGUUCUCCUCAAAUCCUCUUUGAUUCAGACACAUCCAUCACUUAUGAGCAACUCAAUUAUUCUUAUAACAUAAAACGGUUUUUGUUGAGUCAACCCAAAACUUAUCAUUCAGAUAACUCCGACAAAGGAGAUUCAAAAUGCACCAAUCUGAAAGAUGUCAAAGAAGUCCUGGAUGGUAAACGCCCAAAACUCUUUGCUGGUGAUAGUGAUGUCUGUGAAGAUGCUGACUUUGCUUCAGUGGAUAUUCCAAUCCUAAACCCUCCAAGUUUUGGUAGCAGUACAAAGGUUUUAGUGUCUGACCAAGAGCCAAGAGAAACAACCAGCCCACCAGCCGAUGAAUAUUUUGAAGAUUUUAUCAUGCACAAGGAACUUUCUCAGCCAAGCCAAGUUUUUUCUGACGGACAAAAUUUGUACCAACCUGUUGCUCUCACACCAGAAGUGCUACGAAUGCAUACAAAGUUCCAGGAACGUUUAUAUGUUCAGCAGGCAACAAGUGAUUCCAGUUUAUUUGAGCUUGACCGUGGCCGCAGCUCAGACAACAGUGGUAAUAGCAAUGUGAAGCGUUCGAAGCGGCACUUGCCCGAGAGUGGAGAGCAAGACACUUACUCACAUCCAUUGAAAGUGCCCCGCUUUGAUGACUCUUACAUGUCAGCCAGUAAUGUACAGCAUCCAGAACAAUCGACCAUGUCAAGCUCCCAAACAAAGCCUGGUCCCUAUUUCAACAAGCAGCAAUCAUUCUAUCGGCCUUCUUUCCCUGUGAACAUGUCAUAUCCCAAGUUUCCAUCACAGCCUGGUUUCCAAAAUAUUCAUAAUACUACAUUUCCACAAUAUCAACAGCCUAAACUGGGACUGUAUUCACAAGCAAUCCCUGUGUUGCCAUAUGACACAGCAAUUCAUAUGACCACCAACACCACAACUCCUACAGCCACCCAAAUGAACUAUUCUUCCAAUACAACUGCUAACUCACUAUCAAACACUUAUUGGCCUUGUUAUGCUCAAACUGGUAUGUCAUUCAUGCCCACCCAACUAGUGGGAGGCACUCAGUUGAUGGGAGGAUUUUAUCAACCAAUGCCAGGAAUGUUCCAGACAUUUGCUACACCAAUUCCCUACUCCACUAAUUUGCCCAGCAUGACAACAAACAAAACAACUGGUGCAAUGCAAGAUUCUACAACUCUUUCAUCAACAAUGCAUCUAAAUCCAAUAUGCCCGGGUAUGAAAGGCCCUAUCACUUCUUCCACUAUGAGUAAACAUGAAUCGAUGAAACAACCAACCAAAAUCUCUGAGAGUUCAGGAAGUACUUCAUCACAAGAGGAAACUAGUUCAUCUUUAUUGUAUUUGUUAGAGACUGGUAGCUACAACACAAGCUCAUCUACUCCUGAUGAUAUUGAAAACAUAAGGAAAAACAGACGCCUUCCACGGGAUCCAUUCUGGCUUCAGAGUACAAACUGGUCAUCCAAUAUCCGAAUGAAAUACACUGUGCCACAAAAGUCAAUGAAACGUGUUUUAAAAGAAGAUAAUGAGAAACUGAAUUCUCUUUAUCAGCCAAAGCUUCUGCUGGAACAACUGAAAGAUCUCAAAACCCACAAUGCUAAAAUGCCAGUUAUUAAUGAAGAAGAUGAUUUCUUGAUCUUCUUUGAUCAAUCAACCCAACUAAGCAAUACCAGACCUAAUGGAGAGGAGGAAGAGGAUGAGAAGACCUCUACCCUGUCUCCUGAAGAGGAUGAUGAUGAUGAUGUAGACACAGAGGUUGUGGUAUUUGGAUCAGUUACAGAUGAGCCUCAAAACAAGUCAGGCACAUCUAUGAUGGACACUUCCAGAGAUAAUUCUGAGAAAACUCUUGAAGCAGAAAGCAAAGAGCAGAACCAUUCUGAAAAAAUUGAAUCUAGUGACAAUGAUGAUGACAAAUCUGACAGUUCCUCAAAGAAUUCAAGUUGUCUCACUCCAAGCGACCAGAGAAGCAAUGAGGAAGCUGGUAGUUCUUUGAAAGAAUCUGAUGGUGCUUCAAAGGAAUCUGAUUCUGCAUUACAAAAAGAAAUGUGUAGAACUCCCUUCCCAUCCAAUAUGAAAUUCAUUUUCAUUAUGUGUUUUUCUCAAUACUUUCAUACCAGUUUUUUCUCUGUCUUUUCCAUUUCUUCAUUCCGAAUAUCUUCAUAUUUAAAAGAUCUUUUAGCUAUUUAUUGGUGCCACAACCCAAUAAACACUCAUUUUUGA